GGGGUGGUGAAGAUAGAGAUCGGGGCGAAGAAUUUAGGAGCGACGACUGUAGGGACUGAGGAGCUUUAGAAGGCCAGGCGGUGUUGAAGUCUCGGUUUCCGACCUUGGAAACCUUAAACUACAAGUUCCAGGAUUCCGUGCAGCUAAGUAAAACUUUCUUCCUGUCGGCCACGGCAAGGGGCGAGUACUGUAGAUCCCGGCAUGCCCCGGGGCAGGGCGUACAGAGGUUGGGUGGCUAUGAUGAUGAUGGUUACCAUGGAGUUUCGCUAAGUGUGCCGCCGUCUACGGAAAGGCAAAGGCGGAAGAAAACGGAGCUGGCCGAAACUAGCAGCCCAGGGCCCCAUGCUUCUCCUACACCCCCCACAAUGGCUGAAAUAUGACUGACAACUGGGAUUAUGUGAAGACUUUGGCACAGGAGCCACCCCUCGACUUCUCCUUCAAAAAUAUAAACUUCAUCCAAGACUUGAUAAGUGAGGAGCCCAGGAUUGGGCUCCGGCCAGUGAAGCAUUCUAAGCAGGGUAAGUCACUGACCCAGGCCGUGCGCAUUAACAACAAUGUGCUUAAUGACCUCGCGGACUUCAGUCAGACUAUGUCGCAGCUGCUGGAGCAUCCCCAGAACCUGGCUUGGAUCGACCUAUCCUUCAACGACCUGCCCAACAUCGACCCCGUGCUGACCACUUUCUUCAACUUAAGUGUCCUUUAUCUCCAUGGCAACUGCAUCCUUCACCUGACAGAAGUGGAUAAGCUGUCAAGUCUUGCCAAGCUACGGAGCUUGACCCUCCACGGGAACCCGAUAGAGGAGGAGAAAGGGUACAGGCAAUAUGUGUUGUCCAUCCUACCCCGAAUUACUACCUUUGACUUCAGUGGUGUCACCAAGCAAGACCGGAUCACAGCCACUGUUUGGAGACGAAUGAAUGUCAAGCCCAAGAAGGUCCGAUUUAAACGGGAUAAUUUUUGCCUCCCCCAGAACCCCUCAGCGACUCCCGGCGUGCCCCCACUGUGGUCGCACCUGGUCCGAGUCCUCGUUGUCACUGCUAUAGCAGCACCCCAUGGCCGGGGCCGGCUCCGGGAGCUCAGAUCUAGAGGAUCGGCGUCCAACAGGAGCUCUUUCUCGUCACAUGACCCGCGACCGCGGCCCUCAGGCUCCCACCGGCCGCGCUGCAGCCACCGCAGCAGGCAAAAUCGGCAGCCUGGGGAUUCUCCAUUCCUGUCCUAUUCCCUGUGCCAGGCUGUGCCUCCAGAUCAGAGGAACUCUGAGGUCCUAUUAUUCUGUGGCUCUAGUUCCCAGGAGUACCCAUAUCUCUCCUAUCCUUUCCCUCCUGCAGGACCCUGGGGGAACAAGAACAUGUCUCCUGCCAUUGCACUGGCCUUCCUGCCACUGGUAGUGACCCUGCUGGCCCGAUACCGCCACUACUUCCGGCUAUUGGUCCGGGCUGUGUUACUUCGGGGGAUUCGUGACUGCUUGACGGGGCUAAGGCCUGAGGAGCGUGCCUUCAGCUAUGUGCUGACCAAUGCCCUGCCUGGAGACUCUGGCCACAUCCUUGCCACCUUUGAUCAUUGGAGCAGCCGCUGCGAGUACCUGGCCCACCUGGGGCCUCUCAAAGGUCAGAUCCUGACCCGCUUAGUAACACAACAGGCUCCAGAGUUCGUGCUAGAGCUUGGUACUCGCUGUGGCUACGCUACCUUGCUCAUUGCUCAGAACCUGCCUCCAGGCAGCCGGGUCUUUACUAUUGAAAUGGACCCUCGGACAGCGACUGUGGCGGAAAAAGUCAUCCGGCUGGCAGGCUUUGAUGAGUGCAAGGUGGAGCUGAUUGUGGGGCGCUCUGAGGAGGUGAUCCCCCGCCUAAAGGCCCAAUACAGACUACCUCAGGCUGGACUGGUGCUACUGGGGCACCGCCCUCGCUGCUACCUGCGAGACCUGCAACUUCUGGAAUCUCAUGCUCUGCUGCCUACUGGUGCCACUGUGCUGGCAGAUCAUGUACUCUUCCCUGGGGCACCACGCUUCCUGCAGUACGCCAAGGCCUGUGGGCGAUACCACUGUCGCCUCCACCACACUGGACUCCAGUACUUCCCUGCCAUCCGUGAUGGUCUGGCCCAACUCACUUACUUGGGGCCAGGUUGAGGAAGGUCCAUCUUCUUAGGAUCAUAGGAUGUAAAGCUGGAAAGGCCCCCUACAGACCAUAUAGUUAAAACUCUCAUUUACACGCCACAGUCAUACAUGUAAUAAGUAGCAGACUGGGAUCUGUACCCAUUUUCAGACUCCAAAUCCAGCCUGCUGCCUACUCUAGAAUGCUACCUUCUGCCACACAGGAUAGUAGAAAGAGCAUCGUUUCCCACAGGAGACUCUGGGAGAGAGACUGAGGGCCAUUGGUAGCAGUUGAUAAGGUUCUCUCCCCAUUCUCUCUGCUUC